UUACGCCAGCCCAUCAAUCAAUCUGCUCCAACCCGUUGCUGAUCCCGUACAGCUUCAUCCGUGUAUGUUCGGACACAUAAAAUCCCUGCUAGCCGGAGCCAGACACACAGCUGAAAAUUCAAACGAACUCAAUUGUAGAGAAUGAUUUCGAAGACAAAAUUAUCCGCGAGCUCACCAUCUUUAUCGAUUAUUUCCCAAAACCCCAACCAUUAUCAGAAAGGCAAAACUCAUCUGCUGCUAUCAUCACCAAGGAAGGCAUGGCCCUCGUUGAGCAAUCACAUCAAGUGGGAGGGGUUGAGAGUGAUAAGGGGCAAGAAGCUCUUAAAGGAUCUCAGCACUUGGGGGAUCGGAGGCCCUUGUGACCAUUUUCUCCAAGUCUUCACCCAUUCCCAACUUCUCUCUGCUCUCUGGUAUUGUCGUGAGCAUUCCAUACCAUUCAUCAUUGUUGGCAAAGGCUCAAAUUGUCUUUUUGAUGAUUUGGGUUAUGACGGUUGUGUUAUUCAGAACCGGAUUGAAUUCCUGGAGAGGAAUGAGCCUGGCAUUUACAGGGCUGGAAGCGGUUUUCCGUUUAAUCGGUUGGGCGUCCAAUGUUCGAGCGAAGGGUACACUGGUCUUGAGUUUGCUGGGGGAAUCCCUGGGACUGUCGGUGGGGCUGUAUAUAUGAAUGCUGGAGCAAAUGGGCAGGAAACCGCUGGCGUUGUUCAUGGGGUCGAGUUUGUUACAACCGAAGGCAAAUUUCAGAGUCUGAACAGAACUGAUCUCAAGUUUGGCUACAGAUCAUCGCCAUUUCAGAAAAUGAAAAACUUGGCAGCCAUUGUUGCUGUUACGUUCCAGCUGAAGCACUCUGCUUCUGCAAGAAGAAUGCAGCAACAAUACUUGGAAAGGAGGCGAUUAUCUCAACCAGUUGGGGAGAAAAGCGCUGGAUCAGUGUUCCGCAAUCCUUCAAAUUUGGGAGUCACAGCAGGUGAGUUGAUUGAGAGAGCUGGAUUGAAAGGUUAUAAAGUGGGAGGCGCAAUGGUUUCCAACAUCCAUGCCAACUUCUUCAUUAAUUCUGGUCAGUCAACUUCUCAAGACAUGCUCGAAUUGAUCAGAUUGGUUAAGGAGAAAGUUUAUCAGAGGUUUGGGGUACAGCUCAAGGAAGAAGUAUUGUAUGUGCAUCCGCAUGGUAAUGUGUAGAAUACAGAGACAGAUAAAACAAUUAUGUAAAGUAGUUAUUGAUGAAGAAAGAGAGCACAAAAACUUGGUGCCUACAAAGAAACAAGUGUAAAAUUUUAACCAUUUUCUCAAAUGGCAAUCUUCCUUCAAAUUAAA